AUCAGGAUGAUCUUAUGGUUGCUUCCCUUUGGGUUUAUUGCUAUAAACUGUCGAUCCAUUCAGGAUAACAGCUUGUAGACUUAUCCAGAUCUUUUUUCAGUUCACAGCUUCAACCAUGUCCCUCUCUCCGCCUCCCACUACUCUCAGCCUACCCGCUUCCAACUCCAAAAAGAGACCUUCUCUCUCAUCAGCAGUCUCGUCGUCUUCAUCCCAGCCCUCCAAAAAGCCGCGUCUCCAUCCACUCCGCCAAACCUCCUUUCCCACAUCCGCAGAUACAGAUCCCCGCGUCUAUGCUGGAGCCACGAGCGCCAGGUCAGAAAUUGAUGGCGCAAGUGUCACAGGCAGUUUUACUGGCUCUUUAACUGGGAGCGUGGAUGGUGUCGGCGCUGGCCGGGGAAGAAGGAAAAAAGGCAAAAAGGACCGUGAUGAUGCAUCUGGAAGCGUGCGCGCUGGUACCGUGGACGGGAAAGGAGCUGGGUCUGCGAAGGGAGGCGUUGGCGACGAGGAGGGAGAAGAAGAUGAUGAUGAUGAUUUGGGUGACACCGAACUAAUGGAGCGCGAUGAUGUUGCCGUCGACGCUGAGGCGGAGAAGAAGAAUCUUGCCAUCCUAAUCGAUGCCUUCAACCCUGAGCAGUCAGAGCGAUACGAUUUAUUUAAGCGUGCGAAGUUAAACAAGCCUACUUUACGAAAAAUUGUCAAUCAAACCCUGUCGCAAUCCGUCCCCCCAAAUGUUAUCACCACCAUCAGCGGGUAUACCAAGAUAUUUAUAGGGGAGAUGGUAGAAAAGGCAAGGACUGUCCAGCAACAAUGGGCUGAUACGACUGAUGCAGCCGCCCUUGAAGCGUACGAAGCAGAGGAGGAAGAACUUACUAUUCAGGAAGAAUCACAAGCUGCAGAACAGGUUUCAGAUCCUUCAGGACAGGAGAAACCUAAGCCAACAACCUCGCUGCCUUCGCCUUCAAUCGUAAAGGUCGAAGGACCAAAAGAACCGGUGAUAAAAAAGGAAGAAUCACAAAGCUUUGAUGGGAUUUCAGUCAGCACUCCGCCAAAUUCCACACAAACAACCCUCCAAAGUACCAUGUCAUUCGAUAUGUCACCUGCAACGACAGCUACCACUGUUACAACAGCGCCAGGGGAAACACGUCACGCCGGUCGCCGAAGACCUUUUAAACUACCUCCUAACCCACAUCGUGGCCCUCUCCUCCCAUCUCACUUGCGAGAAGCGUUCCGACGGUAUCGGCGUGAUGGCGAGGGAGGCGGGGUUGGCUUCACAGGUUUGAGCAUGAACGGACUUUCUGUUCGUGGUGCGUUUACUUGGAGUGUCAGAAGCGGCAGUGGUGGUAGGCGGCUGUUUAGGUGAUGUAAAGUUUGUUGGCCAGUAAAUGAUGGGAAGUCCCAAAGCUGAAUUCUUUCGUCAGUUUAUGGGUAAACGAAUUGUUGUGAGAUACUUGGGCCCACUGGCGUUUAGAAAGUAUGGUGCAUUUCAUGGGGUAUGAAUCUUGAUUAUAGCGAGGCAGCAACGCGGUACCGGUAAAGGAUUACUCACAGUUUAACAUGGGAAUUAUCAGAAUUCGCAAUAAUAAUAAGCGAUGAACGCAGACUUGCUUCAAUGAUCUAAGAACCCGUCUUCCCUGAACUUUCCAGCGUAAUCAGGAAUCUAGUUGUAACGACAGCAAAGCCCGCAAAGCCAAAAUCUCCAGGGAGUUAACACAUAGGUAGAAGGACAAGUCUCGGCUAAUGAGGGAUGACAAUAGGAAAUAGUAGUACAAAAAAGCAGCAGAAACAUUCCCCAUCCAAACCUGAUCAUAUAUACACUCUUUCGCCGAAAAUUCGAUGCAAGAAGCCAGUAAAUAUAAAAUAACACCAAGUGAAAAGCUCUUAUCCUUCUGCUUCACUGUAUGUUCUGCUUCUUCCUCAUAUAUUCUUCUCGCAGGCUCUGAUUUCUCAAUUCUCGCUCCAUUUCAAGUUGCUCCCUUCGUCGCUUCUCGUAUGCCGCAGCAUUCUCAAGUUCCUGUUUAGAGAGCCGUGGCGGUGCCUUUGGCGUUCCGUCGGGGUUUUUCUCUGUCUUGUCGCCUGCCAUUUCGUCCAUCUUUUCCUGCACCUGUUUCUGCACGUCACGGAACCCCUGCUUCACGUUAUCGAGAGUACGAUCGAUAACGCUGACCUUCUGGGGCGAGUAAACCUGCUGUUCAGGGUUCUGUUGUGCCUCGGGCACCACCCGUGCCGUGGUCGGGAUAACGCGAAUUCGACCAGACGACCCACUAGCCCCAGGUUCGUUGGGACCUACGGGUUUAGUUUUCGACGGAAGAGGCUCAACGCCAGCGAGUUUACGAAAACCAGGAGAAGUCACCAGAUAGGCUUGAAUAAGAGCGAGCAAACUGGUGCUGGCGAAGUAGAGCUGUAGGACAGCGGGCCAGAAACUCAUAGCAGUGGUCGAAAUGACGGGCAGCCCGUAUAACAUAAAUUUUCCAAGCGGAGAAU